UAAUCUGUACAGUUAACUUUUCUCCUCCGUGUUGAUAGGGUUACGCCGCGUGCUCCAGUUGUUGUUUAAUACGACAUAAAACUGGAACUUUUCGAUAAUGUCUUCUAAGACGGGAAAUUUUAAAAAUCCUUUCUCCAGGCCAUGGAUGACGGAGACUGGAGCAGCGGCAGCGGCAGGAAGUGGUUCCGUUGGAUUGAAAGGAGUAGUCGCUGGCGGAAUAACUGGUGGCAUUGAAAUUUGUAUUACAUUCCCGACCGAAUAUGUAAAAACACAACUACAAUUAGACGAAAAAGGUGGAACCAAAAAGUAUUCGGGUAUAGUUGACUGCGUCCAAAAAACCGUCAAGGGUCAUGGUUUUCUCGGCCUCUACCGCGGUCUCAGCGUGCUUCUCUAUGGCUCUAUACCAAAAUCUGCAGUCAGAUUCGGAGUAUUCGAACAAGCGAAGCUUUAUAUGGUAAAUGAAAAUGGUACUCUAUCGAACUCGGGGAAGCUGAUGUGUGGUCUGGCAGCUGGUGUCGCCGAAGCUAUCUUCGCAGUCACACCCAUGGAGACUGUUAAGGUCAAGUUCAUCAAUGACAUGAGGAUGGAAAAGCCAAGAUUUAAAGGAUUCUUCCAUGGCGUACGAACGAUUGUGCGUGAGGAAGGCGUGGGCGGCGUAUACAAGGGUGUGUCGGCGACGAUAAUGAAGCAGGGCAGCAACCAGGCCAUCAGGUUCUUCGUGAUGGAGUCUCUCCGCGAUUGGUACAAGGGCGGGGACAGGGACAAACAUGUGCCCAAGUACAUCGUGGCUCUAUUCGGAGGUGUCGCCGGUGCGACGUCAGUGUUCGGAAACACCCCCAUCGACGUGGUGAAGACCAGGAUGCAGGGGCUCGAAGCCGCCAAAUACAAGAGCACCUGGGACUGCUUCAUCAAGACGUGGAAGCACGAGGGACCCCGCGCCUUCUACAAGGGAACCGUCCCGAGACUCAGCAGGGUGGUGUUCGACGUGGCCAUCACCUUCACCAUAUACGACAGCAUCAUGGACGUCUUCAACUACGUCUGGAAGUAAAGCUUGACUAUUCGAUGGUGACUUUUGUAUUUGUAUAGAGGUAAUUCCUAAAUGGAGAGAAAUAUUGAAACGAAUGCAAUCGUAAGACGGCAUUAUUCAGAAUGUUAAAGUUACCCAAUUUAAUAGAUUAAGUUAACUGUGAACAGUUCCUUCGGUGAGGUUCGUAUAUUUAAUAUUCAAUGUGAUGUUAUCGUAAGCUUAUCGCCGUGUCAGGGUUCCAGGAAUCAGAAUUCAAAUGCAUUUCUUUUUCAAUGCUUUUAUUAUAUUUUAUUGCGUUAUUUUUGUAUAAAGAUUUAUUUUUAUAUUGUUUUUGUGUAUUUUGAAACGUCGGCCAUUUCGGACAAUAGAAAUCAGAUGAGAAUCUCCUUCCGUUACGCGCUUUCGAGACAUGUUUUAUUUAUUGACGAAUUUAUAUAUUAAUAUGACCACAUUUUGCAUUUCUCUUAUCUUCUGUGCAUUUUAGGGAUUUUGUUAACUUUUUAAGAUCUCUCGAAUCCGUUUUCACACGAAUGCCUUGUCCCCUCCUUUUUAAAUUGACUUCGAGAGAUCUCGAUGAGACAUUCCGCUACGAUUGAACCGUUAAUGCUCUGGGUUUAUUUUUUAUGUCUAUUUACAAUGUUGAAUGUUGAGUUUAUUUAUUUAUUGUUAUGAUUUAAAUAAAUUGUCAAACAAUUAAAUUUAAA